AUGGACAACAACAACAAGCCUUCACAUGAAGAAGCCCCAGCUCUCCUCAGGGCUAUUGGGCUUGUCACAGGAGACAUGAAACUCUGCAAAGAAUGGGUGAAAAGACAGGUUUUGCCUAUCCAACUGCUGGACAGGAUUUUUCGAGGGGUGGCCCAGGUCAUGUUCGUCAACAACCCUCUCAGUGGGCUCCUCAUUACAGCUGGCCUCUUCCUGCAGAACCCCUGGUGGGCUCUGAAUGGUCUGCUGGGGACACUUAGCUCCACUGUGUCUGCCAUGUUACUGGGACAAAACAGGGAAGCCAUAUCAGUGGGUUUGCAUGGCUACAACGGAACAUUGGUUGGCAUGCUGAUGGCGGUUUUCUCUGCCAAAGGAAGCUGGUAUUGGUGGCUCUUACUACCAAAUAUCUUCAUGUCCAUGCUGUGCCCGGUGGUCUCCAGUGCUUUGUCCUCAGUUGCCAGCAAAUGGGACCUCCCAAUAUUCACCCUUCCCUUUAAUAUUCUGGUGUGUGUACAUAUUGCAGCAACAGGGACCAAUCACCUCUACUUCCCAGAGGUGGAUUUCCAGCCAAAUCACAAACUAUAUCCUUCUCAUGAUUCCACCCAAAGCCUCAAUAUCUCUCAGCUCUUCCUGUCAGUGCCAGUUGGUGUUGGCCAGGUGUAUGGCUGCGACAGUCCUUGGACGGGAGGGCUCAUCCUUCUGGCCUUGCUGCUUUCCUCACCAGCUAUCUGUUUCCACGCCCUGUUGGGUUCAGCUGCUGGCAUGCUGUCUGGUGUCUUUUAUGUCUUAACAUGGCAAACCCAUAUUCUAGCUGUAACAUGUGCUCUUUUCUGCGCAUACAUGACUGCAGCAAUCUCCAAACUGAUGUCUGUGCUUGCAUUACCGGCAUGCACGUGGCCUUUCUGCCUGUCGACUCUCAUCUUCCUCCUCAUUUCCUCUGAGAUCCGAGCCAUCUGCAGACUGCCUCUGUCUGUGGUCUCCUACCCCGAGGAAAAUCGGCGCUACCAGAGACGAUUAGAGGCAUCAGAGAAAGCUCAGCAGAGUCAGCAGAGUGGCGGCCAAGAGGAGGCCCAGAAGAAGGAGAAUGGAGGGAUGAGUGUCCAGUUGGAGGUGGAGAAGGGCUGCAGUGAGUGAAUAUGAUGCCAUGGAAAUGCUCCUUAUUUCUACCUUUGUGGAUGUUAAAGUCUUGUGAAUGAAGGAAUAAUAUGGGUUUAUACUGUUUUGGCAUUUUCUCUGUUAUAUAACAGUAUGUGUUAUAUAAAAUGACUGGCACUGCAACAA